AUGAAUGGCUAUGAUAUAGUGACUGGGAAGAUCUGGGGGGUCCUCAAAUACCUACGGUCAUUGCCUCCUGAAGCUGACGAGGACAUCAUUGUAAUGACGGACGCUUUCGACGUUGUAUUCCAGCUGCCACCCAAGAUCCUCCUCUCUCGUUAUCGUGCAAUCAAUCAGCGCGUCAACAUGCAACUUAUUACGCAGCAUGGGUUAGAAGCGGUGCGACAGCACGGGCUAAUGCAGAGCAUCAUUAUGGGUGCGGAAAAGUACUGCUGGCCCCUGAGCCACCGCCAUCCUGCGUGCUACGCAGUACCAGGUUCGAGACUACGCGCCGAUGCGUAUGGCCACAAUACGGACACAUCUGUCGAGACCAAUCGCCCGCGGUGGCUGAACUCUGGUACUGUUAUAGGCCCCGUACAUGACAUGCGAGUGCUAUAUGAAUGGGCACACUCACUAUGGCUGUCGUACUACGGGUGGGGAGGUGAUCAGGAGUACUUCAGCUAUAUCUACGGCAUGCAGGAACUUGGACGGCAACAGCUGCGUGGAAGCCGGGAGUGGUUGUUUGGAUUUAACGAGUCUUUUUCCGAAGACGACUUUGUCGCCGUCAACCUUCCCGUCGAACAUGUGGACUACCAUGUCGGUGUGGACUCUGGCAGUGAGAUCUUUCAGUCGCUGAACAGUGCUACAGAAGAUCUCUCGCCGGUAGUGCAUGACAAUGCUGCUGAAGUAGAAAAGGAGGACCGAUUACAUGGAACAGCAGAUAUUUAUCACGAACAUUUCUCCUUUCCGGUAGACUUGGACAACACGACGCCGCCAUUCGAAGACCUAGAGGACACAAGCUUGGAUGGUGUCAAAGAGCAGAACCCCGGCUUGAACUGGCGCAGCGUACAGCUGUUUACCGAUUUCCAUUCUCGAACCAUCCCUGUGGCAUUACAUCAUAACGGCAACAAGACCAAAGUUGAAGAGUGGUGGCGUUUGCAGUGGUGGACAGGAUGGGGGAGAGAACUAACAAGCAAGAAGAAAGGGUGUUGCAGUUCAUGGAUUUCGACGGAUGCUGGACAUUCAAUACGGUGGGAUGAUAUUUGUGGUGAAUACCAAGACAUACUAUUUGGGGGUGAGCGGGACAGGCGAAACGCUUAG